AUGCGUUUGACUUCUCCAAUGUCGCUCGUGAUGCCCAUGGCGAUCCUCGGAAUAUCGACCAUUCAAGGGGCAGCGGCGAAGUGCUCAGAUGGGCUUGUGAACGUUGUCUUCAACAUCGGCCAUGGUGGAUAUACAAAACAGCGAUGGGAGAAGAUCCACUCCGCUUCCAAUUGGCUCACGUUCAAUUUUGGAUUCGAUGAAAAGCAAAUCCCGAUGCUAGGUAACAACAAGACAGCUGUUGAUGACGCUAUUGAUGCGGUAAACGGCCCAAAUCCGCCAGAUUUCAUGCUCACUUUCAACGAGCCCGACAACCUAUAUGGCUCUCACCCGAGAAAAGUCAUCUUGCAGCCUGAAGAAGCCGCCAACCUGAUCAAGCCAUUGUUGCGCAGACGCGGAAACCAUACAAAGUUUAUUGCACCCGUGCCGGCCUUCGAAAAGCUCACCUGGCUUCCCGAGUUUUUUGGAAACUGCAGUUGCCAAGACGCAUUCUCAGCAUACAACGUCCAUAUCUAUAACAAAACUGUCGACGAAGCCAUAACCCGAAUCAACGCUUUCCACCAGAAGUGGAACGACAAGCCUUUGUGGAUUACCGAGAUUGCACCGGGCCAAUAUACAGGAGCAUGUCCGAAUCCCGUUCCCUGGAACCACACCACCGAAUUCAUGCGAGAUAUCUUCGCUUGGGGGGAGAGAACUGAAUGGAUCCACAAGAUCUUUUGGAACUCAGCCAAUGAGAUCUCCUGUGGUGAUACGAAUGUGGCGGCCUCGUUCCUGCUUGAUUUUAAUGAUAACCCGACGCCCCUCUUGGACCCUUUCAAUAAGUUGACUUGUUCCUGA